AUGUGUCGAUUCCGAAACAAAAAAAACUUUUUUUUGAUGCAAAAAUUGAAAGAGAAAUAUUCUACAAUCUGUUUAGCUACUUGGAAUUUUAGUGAAUCCGGACACGGAAAGGGUGCACCUGAUGGCGUAGGUGGUUUACUGAAGCAGACUGCUGCUAAAGCUCUUGCUUACAGAAAAGACAUUUCGAACGUUGCAGAAUUCGAACAAAUUUUAAUGGAACAUACUAAAUCUAUUAAAAUUUUGAGAGUAACUACUCAAGAAAUACAAUCCGUAGAAAACGAACCAAUAAAUGAAAAAAUCAAGCCAAUUUCUGGAACCAUGAAGAUUCAUCAAGUUUCCAUUAAAUUUGAAUAUAAUGAAAUUGACUAUAGAGAUCUUUCAUUCAAUAUAUGCCCUACAAGAGGAUCGUGUAGCCAUUUCUCUAUUUUAAAGUGUCCAGCCAUUACAGUCGCUCCAGCUUUUACACAAGAAACAGGUAAAAAACAACAACAACAACAACAACAACAACAACAACAACAACUUAAGCUUGAAGAUUGGGUAAAAGUCGAGUACCAAAGAAAAUUAUAUCCUGGCAAAGUCAUAAAUAUUUCUGAAAUAAAUGUCACAGUAUCCUGUAUGGAAGCAGCCAUUAACAGAAAAGGUUGGAAUUGGCCCCACAAGCCGGACGUUUGCUCAUUUGAAAAAAGUGAAAUUCAUGGAGCCUGCAGAAAGAGGCAAGGGAAGAAGCACGGCCUUUUUCUUUAA